AUGGUAAUAAAAAGCACACCAAUGCAGUGGAAAACACUAACAGGGGCAUUAAUCAUUGAAACAGUUCACUCCGCUGCAUUGUGUAUUUUUGUUCUAAUUGUUCUGCCAAGUUUCGACCCAAUGACUGCGUGUGUUGUUUCUUUCUGUAUUAGUCCAAUUCCUGGGAUUCUAAACAUAAUAUGUCAUAUAAGUGAAUACAAGGACAGUGAUGACUUAUCACUUCAAUUAAUAACUCUGAAAAUCAGAACAGAUGAUAAAACUUGUGCCAUUCCUUUGCCAGUUUGGACAAAUAAAAACGAUGAUCCAUCUUCAAUGUUCAAGAAUAUGGAAAUCUCUUGGUCUGCUGUUUUAGCUGGGCUUUUUGGAUUUUUGUCCUUUUUGAUGAUUUCUAAUCAUAUAUGGUCACCAGGCAAGGAACGGUUAAUUGCUACUGAUCGUCUUUAUAUCCGCGCAUUGUACUGUGGUGUUUUCCCGGAUCAGUCACUUUUUCUUAACCGAAGAAGAAUUUAUAAUGAAGCAGAUGUAAGUUCGCACAGAGAGACAGAUACGCUUCCUCCAACUAGUGAUUCUGGCCAACCUGCACAAGAAAAUGAUAACCAGGAUCGAAGAAAAGAUGAAAUACCGAUGAUUUAUUUGUGUGCAACAAUGUGGCAUGAAUCAAAAAAAGAAAUGGAACAGAUACUAAAAUCUAUAUUUAGGCAAGACCGUGACCAGGGGACUAGGAAAGAAAGUAAGAAAGAAAAUAAGGGGUUUGACCCCGAUUUCUACGAGUUUGAAGCUCAUAUUUUCUUUGAUGACGCUUUUGAAUACCGUCAAGACAUCAAUGGAAUAUACAUGGUCAACAGUUAUGUUAAACAACUUAUCGCAUCAGUAGAAACAGCAGCAAGAUAUGCACAAACAAAAUCAAAAACAUUUGAACCACCUCGUCGAACAAAUACACCUUAUGGAGGUAGAUUGGAAUGGCAUCUUCCGAGAGGAAAUAGACUGAUUGCUCAUCUUAAAGACAAAACCAAAAUUAGAGCCCGAAAGAGGUGGAGUCAGGUGAUGUACAUGGCUUAUAUCUUAACGUACAAGUUGGGAAAUCAAGAGAAAAAGGAAGAGCGGACUAUAGCAAAUAACAUAUUUAUUCUGGCUCUAGACGGUGACGUCGAUUUUCAGCCAAAUGCUGUUCAACUGUUGGUGGACAGGAUGCGAAAGAACCCUAACGUCGGUGCCGCGUGUGGCCGAAUCCAUCCUAUCGGAUCGGGUAAAAUGGUUUGGUACCAAAAGUUUGAAUAUGCUGUGAGUCAUUGGCUUCAAAAAUCAGCGGAAAAUAUUUUCGGUUGCGUGCUGUGUAGUCCAGGAUGUUUUAGUUUGUUCAGAGGUUCAGCGCUUAUGGAUGAAAACGUUUUGGCUAAAUAUAAAAACCUUCCGUCUGAACCACGUCACUAUGUCCAAUACGACCAAGGAGAAGAUCGGUGGCUUUGUACUUUAUUGCUACAACAAGGACACAAAAUUGAGUAUGUGGCUGCCAGUGAUGCUUUGACAUACGCUCCAGAAGAUUUCGAUGAAUUCUACAAUCAGCGAAGACGAUGUUGCCCAGUAGAACCGGAUGCAUAUAUACUAGAAAGACUUGAUGUCAUAGAAGCUCAGAUAACGAAAAGUACAACAGAGGGGUCUGAACUUGGUGAGAGGAAAUCUCAAGAACAGUUACAUUUCUCACACCAAAGCAUCAUGCCCGACGGAGCUGUUGAACGAAGUAUUUAAUCCCAUAUUUUCCCAGAUGACAAGGAUUCCGAAAAUGAAGAAGUUUCAUCUUGGAUAGACGACAAGGAUCUGAGUAAAGGUACCGUUGGUUCGCUAGAAGCUGAAGAGGAAAACUUCUGGAAAGAUGUCAUUGAAAUGUUUUUAAAACCACUGGAUAGCGAUAAAAAUUGUGAGACAACGAUGCGGGAAGGCCUAAAAGAGCUUAGGAAGAACGUAUAUGGCCAAUUUUUGUUGAUAAAUUUAUUCCUUGUUGUGAUCGUGUAUACCUUAACAGAGGUUAAUGCAAAUACUAAACAUGCACUUUCAAUAAAGCUUCCAUGUACUGUCUCAGAAGGGCCACCUGGCAGAGGUUAUAUAGAACCAAUAUCAUUUACUUUUACAGCGAUAUUUGGUAUCAUGUUAUUUUUGCAAUUCAUUUGUAUGCUAAUACAUGGAUGGUCAACAUUUAAUCACAUCAUUGCUUCAAAUAAAUUAACUUUAAAAAAAGAUACUACAUGUAAUGAAAGUUAG